AUGGGUCUCUCUCGGGAUGGGCUCAGCCUGCUCUUGUUCCUGGUGCUGGCCUGGUGUCUGGCCCCACCUGCCCGCUGCCAGGGCCCGCGCUAUGCGAAGUUCCUGCGGCAGCACCAUGACCACCCGCGGACCAACGCUGGGCGGGAUUACUGCGGGGCCAUGAUGCAGCGCCGGGGGAUGGCCCGGCCCUGCAAAGACAUCAGCACCUUCAUCCAUACUCCCAAGGCCCAGAUCCACACUGUCUGUGGCUCCGGGGGCAUCGAAUACUGGGGCAGGCGGCGCAGCCAGGCUCAGUUCCCUGUCACCACCUGCUCACUGAAGGGCCCCCCGUGGGGCAGGUGCAACUACCUGGGCCACGCCAACCACAGAUUCCUCGUCGUCACCUGCGACCCGGCAGGCUGGCCCGUGCAGUUCGACGAGAGCCACAUCAUGUGAUAGGGCCAAGCACCACGCCCUGCCCCGCCUCGGCAUGGAACUGAGCCCUCUACCAUACGUUGUGUUGAAUGGGCCAGACCCCCGGCUGGUGUGAAUGGAC